AUGAGCAAGCAUAACACUAAUAUUCUGUCCGCAUUGAUCGAAAGCUUGCGUGCUUUGCGGCCACACCAGGUUGUUCGAUCAGUGAAGAGGAAUAGCAAUGACGGCGACAACGUGGAACCAUCGAGCGUUUGUCAUCGAGCAGGCCUCCAGGUUGGACACCGUUUGAUAGAAGUAAAUGGAGACUCGUUGCUGGGUUGUGAUCAAUCCGAAGCGGCGACAAUCCUUCGUUCUUCUAACGAAUUGCGUAUUCUCGUAUGUGACGGAUAUAACAAACCAUCUAUGCCUCGAAUCGACGAUAGAACAAUUACAUCGUCGACGUCUUCCUCGAGCAACGUGCUAGUGGACGAGAACAAGCUUGUGUCGACUUCCUCGAUUUCAACCGUCGCUAAUACCUCUGUUCAAAAUGGUGAUCAUCACCAAGAACCUUCGCGAUUCGACGAACCUCCUUUGGCCUCGUCCAGUCCCUUGCCCACAACUCCACUAGUGCCUCCUUCGAAACCUGGCCGUAUACCCCCUGCCGUCGCCCCAAAGCCAACGCUACGAAAUUCCCAAGUAGGGCAUGAUUUUCAUUUCUAAUC